CCUGGCCGUGACGUCACGGUGGUAUAUAAAUCCUUAUGGCCGCUCCGGUUCGUUUAUUUUUUACUCGGACUGUGCUCCUUCGUUGAAAGUCCCUUAAGUUGUCAAAUGGAAUAAGACGCUCUUCCUGAGAGCGCAACGACAGACGACCAUGCUCCGCUGCAGGAGGUGCAGAAAAAGCCUCAUAGACUCCACUUUUUUAUCAACGCAGGUGCAGGACUCGGAGGAAAGUCCAGCUGCUGUCUGCAGCAUCUGGCACGUGAACGUGGAAACGUUGCCGGAGUGGAUCCUGACCUCGGUGACCCAGGCCCAGUGGACUGUGGGUAAACUGAACUGCCACCACUGCGGGGCUCGCCUGGGCGGCUUCAACUUCAUCAACCGCAGCGAGUGCCCCUGCGGCCGGGACGCCACCGUCCACCUCAACAAGAGCCGCGUGGACCACGAGCACAAGCACCACGUGCUCAUCGUGCAGCCCAGGAGGGCGCGGCCCGAGAGGGGCGGGGCCGGCCUGCUCGCCAGUGGCUCUCACAACGAGGAGGCGGGGCCUCACGCCGCCAUGGUGCCCCACAUCGGCCCCGUGGAGGCCUCGGGCCUCAUGACGGCCUGCGACUACAGCCCCUCCUUCACCUUCAGCCCCCUCUACUGCAUCUCCCACAAGAGGAGGCGCAGCAUGGAGGACGAGGACGACUUCGGCUCCUCCUGCUUCUGCCCCGCCGCCCCUCCGGACACGUCCGCCGCCGACUGGAGGAGAUCGGCAGCGGGCGAGCCUUCGCGGUCGUCGGCGUGUUUAUCGACGAGCCAGCAGCCCCGCGCAGACGGCGGAGCCUCGAGCGACGCCGUCCCCCGACGCUCAGCCCUCCCUGGAGGAGAGCGCCCGUCUCUGGAGCUGCUGCGAGCCGAGGAGGAGGAGGAGGUGGACUUCGCCGAGGAGGCCGCAGAGGAGCUGUCUGACGCCGCCAUGUUCCUCAGAGGUCGGUCCAUCUCUGACAGCGUCACUGAGCAACAACCAGAAGAGCUUUCAGCUCCGGUCGGCUCGCCGGGCGCCAGCAGGCUGAGCAAGAGAGAGAGAAAUCGCCUGAAGAGUCUGCGUAGGAAGCAGAGGAGGAGGGAGCGAUGGCUGCACAGUCAGCUGGAGCAGGCUGAGAGUGUGAGCUCGACCCUGGCCGGCAGCGGUGAGGAGGAGGAGGAGGAUGAGGAGGAGGAGGAAGACGGGCGGGACGGCCUGACCUGCGCCGUCUGCCUGGACGUCUACUUCAGCCCGUACAGCUGCCAGCCGUGCGGCCACGUCUUCUGCGAGCCCUGCCUCCGCACGCUGGCCAAGAACCGGCCCGCCAGCACGCCGUGCCCGCUCUGCCGCACGCUCAUCACGCACACCAGCUUCCACAAAGAGCUCAACCGCACGGUGAAGAGCUUCUUUCCCAAAUUGCACUCGUCCCGUAAGCAGGCCUUCCAGAGCGGGCCGUGUGCGCGCUGGCCUCUGCCCAGCUGCCGCCAGCGCUUCCGUCCCUUCUGGGGUUACCAGAGGCGGGCGGCGACGGCCGGCCGGCGCUGGCACUUCGUCCACGGAGGCUUCACGCUGGAGGCCCUGGACCUGGCCGACAUGCGGGGCUGGCUCUUCGACAUCGGCCUGGUCAUCGUCUACAUCCACUCCCUCAACAGGAUCCUGGCCUUCCUCUUCCUCUGCUUCCUCCUCUACUACUUCUUCUUCUGAAGACAGAUCCGGAGGUCACAGCCAGUUUUUUUUCAGAAGCGCUGCAGCUGAGACAGACGCGAAGGAACAGUUUACAUGAUGGAUCAACCCAGUAGAAACAUCUAUAUUGUUAACUCCCGAUGUGCAAUAAUCCAGUUUAAUGUGCAGAAUAUCAGCAUCGAGACUGUUUUUUCAUUCCAGAUUAUGAAGAGAAACUAUGAUUUACCGAAUAAACAUGCAGAGACCUUUUUCUAAUGAACGUCUUCAUGUUUGAUUGAAAGAAACUUCUUCCAAGAGUUUUUAUGGAAGGAGUGAAGCAGAAACCCUUAUUAGGAUGUGGUGCCUUUGCUUUGCUUUGUGCCUUAUUUCCCUCAGUUUGUAGUUGGAAAUGAGCACAUUUUACAUUUCUGUCUCUAAAAACUCAACAGAGGAAAGAAAAUUGUUUUAGGUUUCAUUUUAUUAGUGAUUUAAUUAGAAAAAUCUGUUGUUGUUUUUCUUUUAUUUAAAAAGAUAUUCUAGCAUUUCAGUUUGGCUAUUUAGGAGGAUUAAAGCCUCGAAUGAUGGUAUCUAUUGUAGAUUUUGUUUCUACCAGUAAAAAUAUUUUGUCUGCAGAUUGAAAGUGUUCAAUGCAAAAUGUGUUUAUGAGUAAAAAUUAAACAAACGUUA